UCUUCUUUUUAGAUGAAUCAUAAAUGCAGUACAGCGGGAUUAAGUGGACAGCAAAAAAAUCUGAUAUGGCGAAUUGAUCUUUAGCUAUGGUCUGCUCAAGUGUGGAGUCGGAAGAAACGUUUAGCUUGCUAUGCUAAUCACUUUUCAUUCAUUAUUGUGUAGCUACUUCUUUGUUAAUGGCUAACGGCACUACUCUGAGUUCAGUGAUGUUGAAGGGAGCCAUGAUGAGACUGUGAGACGUCACCUUCUGUUCCUAUUCUGUGCUGCACACUUCCUGAUGGAUUCCAACAAUGAUGUGGCGCUGGAUAUUAUUGUCAGCAAUGUGGUGGCUACGUUUAGAACCAGGUGUCAUCUAAAUUUGCGCACCAUUGCUUUAGAAGGAAAUAAUGUCAUCUAUAAGCCUGAAGUUGGGAAAGUACUUAUGAAGCUUCGUAAGCCCAAGAUAACAGCCUCGAUAUGGUCAUCUGGGAAAAUCAUCUGCACUGGCGCUACAAGUGAGGUGGAAGCCAAGUUGGGUGCUCGAAGGUUAGCCCGUUGUUUACAGAAACUUGGUUUUAAGGUGAGAUUUUCAGCCUUCAAGGUUGUCAAUGUUUUGGCAGUUUGCUCGAUGCCCUUUGCCGUGCAUCUCAUAGACUUUACCAAGAACAACAGGCCUAUUGCAAGUUAUGAACCAGAGUUGCAUCCUGCUGCCACUUAUAGGAUCAAACAUCUGAAGGCCACAAUACAAGUGUUCUCCACAGGCAGCAUCACAGUCACAGGACCAAAUGUGCAGAAUGUGGCUACAGCUGUGGAACAAGUCUACCCUCUCCUGUUUGAGUGUCAGAAACCUCUUUGUAAAUAGUUUGACUGGGAGAGACACUGAAGACCUGUGGGGCCUAAGGAACAAAGACAAUGCACCUUAUUCCAGGAGACCCCCACUACAUGCCGCCACACUUCACACACUUUUAACCUUUUAACUCCCCCCAAAAGCAAAACAAGCAAAUGUCUUCCAAAUCUUGUCAACAAACCACUCUGCAGAAUUUUAACCAAAUGUGUAGAUUCUGCACUCUUUUCAUUGAGCAUCACGAUUUUAUUCUUGCAUAAAAAGUAAAAACAAUCUCAUCUAGCUGUUUUGAAAAGAGAUAUACCAACUAAACAAAUUUUUCUGUAGUGUGGUCAGUUAUUAACUCUUCUUGGAAGCAGUCCGUCCAUUAUUCUGUAAGAAAUGACUACCGUCACCUUUUAAUUAUGAAUCCUGUUUGUGUCAUACCACAAGUUCCUAAGGACACAGUUUAUUUUUAACUUUAAGAUUAUGUAUACUAGUUACUAGAUAUUUUUCAGGUAACGUUUAGCGUGAAAAAAAAAAAAAAACUCUCAACGUCUCUUAAUUACACA